GCAUGUGUGAUAAGUAAGGAGUUUUUGGCAAUGAAAGCUAAACCACCGCUUUCUAACUUUUCAUACUGAAUUCCCGUGGAAAGAGCAAAGGACAAAGAAAUCUCCCCUUGGCAGAGCCAGCCCCAGCGAAGGUGGGAGUCCAUGGAAGCCCAGAAGCUACUGAGCGUUGGAUUUCUGCUGUGCUCUUUGACUUGCCUCUUGGUGGAGACAGUGGCUUCCCCUACUUCACCUUUAUCUGCCUUUGGAAUACAAGAAAAAAUGAGAUGGAAAACAGGGUGGAAACCACGAUCAAGGGGAAAGCACAGGUCCUGGCUUAGCAACUUCAGAAAUUAUCUGUGUGAUCUCAUCAAGAGCUCCCUACCUCCAGCAGCCAUUUUUGCUUUUUUUAUCACCUCAACACUAAUGGGAAUCCUCUGCUGCCUCACGUAA